AGAGUGAGCGAGAGAGAGAGAGAGAGAGAGAGAGACGGAACGAGAGGAGGGAGAGAUAUCACACGCCUCGGGAGAGGACCUGGACAACGGAGCACGGGCGCCAAACGAUCGCCGGACGGUGGUGAGCGACGUGGUUGGCUCCUUCCGUCGUUGGCUCCCGUGAGAGAGAAACUAGCAGUCAGGACUCGGCGGUCCUGCCGACACGACAACCCGACAACGCGACGCAUCGAGCUCGCAACCCGGGAUCCAGCACCCCGCGUGGAUCCUCUCGGGAACCACCGAUCAGUCGGACGCGAUCGCCGGCGAGAGAGCUUGUAACGGGGUCGACUGCCGCUUAAAACGCCCGACCGGGGCACGACGACAAAACGAACUCUAGUCACGAGGAAUAGGAGAGGAGAGCGAAAAAGAGAGAGAGACAGAGGGAGAGUUCGAUCCUCUCUCUCUCCUGAAGAGCGCUGAAGAAGCUGCCCAGUGUUGUGUGCGGUACCCGCCACUCGGGAAGGGACACGCGUUGUGCGAUAUCGAACGGGAGCGGGAACGACCGGAACCGUUAUCCAAGCACGUGGUCCGAUACCACGAGGUGUAGGAACGAGGAGCUUCCGGUGGGAUGAUCGAAGCGAGACCCAACGUUAACGGGACGUAUGCGCGGAUGUUUCGGCAUCUCGUACCCUACUAAGGGCCUUCUAAGGACCGACGCGCACGUGGAAGGGCCCAGGGAAGGAGAGUGCAUCUCGAGUGUGAGGAUAGUGUGUUGUUGUAAAACGAGUGCUCGUCCGUCCGCCUCUUCUCCCCUGGUGUUCGUCUGACCAUCUUCCUCUUUCUAUCUCUCUUUCUCUUCUUCUCUCUAUUUUCCUACUCCGUUACCUUGGAUCUCCCUGUGAGCACGGCGAAGGUGGAAAAGUGUCACGAACCAACGGAAGUGCGGCGGGAAUCGCCACCACCCUCGGCUUCAAGGUCGUGGAAUGACGUAUAAGACCAUCCCAAGCGGAGAGCAGGAGCAAAGCCGAGUGUUAGAGGCAGUGUGAUGAGCGGAUAUCUCGAUAGCGUCAUCCUGCCCCCGACGUUGCUGCACGACCCGAAGUAUCCUCCAGCCAUGCGGGAGAAGGACUCGAGUCCGAGAAAGAUGCCGGGCCACAUAAGCCCAAAACAAGCCAGCAUUUACCCUCUGAGCGUCCGCGUGCCGGACGUCGAGGAGCUGCCUUACGACCUCAGCCACGGUCACGGUCGCGGCCUGUCCAGCCCGACGCACCAGCAACAGCAACAUCAGCAGCAACAGCCGCACAUGAGCCCGGCGGCCAGACCGCCCCAGUCGCAUCACCAGGAUGAUCUCGACUGCGAGCCGCUCGAUCUGCGCGUCGAUCACAAGAAGGAACGGCUCAGGGACGAGAACCAGAACGAGAUCGAGGUGCUGAACCAGAACAGCCUAGGCGGCAGUCUGCCCUAUCACACGGUGCUCUUUCCUCAGCAUCACGCGGUGCACCCGCUGGUGCUCGAGGCCAUGUACAGGUCGCAUCAUCACAGCUCGCCGGUGCCCGAUCUGCCAAAGAUCCAAGUGAGAGCGCUCCCCACGAUGGUGCCAUUGCCGCCCAAUAGAUUCUCCUCGACCUCAUCGUCCACCUCGUCCUCCUCGCAACUAACCGCGAGAGCCGCUAGUCCGGUCGGCGGUCAACAGUCCCAGCAUCAACAGUCAAAUCACCUCUCACAGCAGCAACAGCAGCAGCAGCAAUCGCAGCAGCAACAGCCGCAGCAACAGAGCUCGAGUCUGCCACCCUACUCGAUCAGCGUGCAGGCUGGCCUAAAGCCCAAGGACAGAUACUCCUGCAAAUUCUGCGGCAAGGUGUUCCCCAGAUCGGCGAAUCUGACGAGACACCUGAGGACGCACACCGGCGAGCAGCCGUACAAGUGCAAAUACUGCGAGAGGAGCUUCAGCAUCUCCAGCAAUCUUCAGCGCCACGUGCGGAACAUCCACAACAAGGAGAAGCCGUUCAAGUGUCCGCUGUGCGAGAGAUGCUUCGGUCAGCAGACCAACCUGGACCGACACCUGAAGAAGCACGACGCGGACGGGCCGACGAUACUGGACGAGGUCAGGUCGAGGUAUCACGGUCAGCUGCCUAGGGCCGACGACUCGUACUUCGAGGAGAUCCGCAGCUUCAUGGGGAAGAUCACCUCGCAACGACAAGGCAUACCGUACUUUCCCGGUCUGCUGGGCCAUGCCACCGACGACUUCAGGAACGACAAGCAGCAACUCCAGCUGGAGGAGAAGCGAGGCGAUUCGUCGUACUUCAGCGACCGGGACAAUCUCAGUUCGAGGUCGAGCAGCACGGCCAGCAGACCGGAGAGCGUCCAGGAAGAACAGAGAGAGACGACCUCGCCGCCGCUCUCCCCCGGCAACAACACCUGAGUCCUGGGGCGCGGCCAUCAGCAUGGUAACCCGUUAUCAGCUGCUCGGCUAGUUCACAGUUAAGGGAGAUUCUGUCGACUCGUUCGGCCGCGCUAGGGAACAAGAUAGAAUUCGAUAUUUGUCGCGCAGUUAGAGUCGAGUAGAAAGGGAAUCUUGAAAAGAUUGAAUUUCAAAUUGUAAAAGACGAUAUCACUAUGAAGAAGCGUUGAGCUCGCGGUGAUCUUAGGUCGAUUCAAAAAACUGUAGUGCAUGGAAUAAAUUAUUUUUCGUAGAAAUUCUUGCGAGCCGAGACAAAACAGGAAUUUGAGAAGAAAAGAGCGAUCUAUUUAUGAAGGUAGAUCUUAUUCGAAAGAUCAAUGAAAUCCUUUGCUCAAGAUGACGAGCGACAGUCGAAUCAGUUUUAUACAUUAGUUUUUAACAAUUAUGAAUUUGUGCUACGAAUUUGCUGAUUGAUACAACUGAAUGGUUUAGAUAUGGAUUCAAUCUGAAAAUUGAAAAUUAGAACGUGGUGCCUUGAAGAAACUAAUGUGCCUAACUUUUAGGACGUAUCGUCCUUCUAUCCUGAGAAAUACGAUCCAACAGGAUCGAUAUAAAGAGCCUUAAUAAUAAUAAAGUUAGAUAAAUAAUUACACUUAUG